CUGAGUAUCGACGGAGCUCAUUUUAGCUGUGCAACUCAAACGGUGAACAUCGCGGAUUUUCUGCCUCCCGAAAGGCAAGCGUUAAAGCAAACGCUCUCAUAGUUCGGAAACAUUAAAACACAUAGUUUAUGUGCCUUUAAAUAGUGAUACAGAAGUGCCAAACGUUACGAACCAUUGGUAGUGGUAAUAUUAUUACAAAGUGAUACAAAACAAGUUGAUGAAAAGUGGCGUGUUUUAGAAUAAAUAUAAAACCUAUCUACACCCCGUACUGUUAAGUGCCAAGAGUGGACAAAUCUAUUGCUGCUAUCCUUGGUGUGUGUGUUUGUGUGUAGCAACAGCUGACCCGCUCUGACCGUACAAAGCGUACACGCGCCCAGAAACGCUCUUUCUUCGCAGCGGUGCAGCGCGUGUAUACGCAUCGCAACAGCAGCUGAUUGUAAUUAAUGCAGCAAAAGACGAGAUCGGUAGCGGAUUGAGCGGAAGUUUGCAUCAGUCACUAACCCUCGGGUGAUUCUUCCAUUUAGCCACAAAAGCCGGACAACGAAGUGAAAUACAACGGAGCGGACCUUAAGGCAUACUUGCGCAAUUGUGACUCAGUGACUGCGGAAGGAAGUGAUACCUUUCAAAAGGAUUAUUUGCGAACGAAACGAACAUCUAUUUAUUUGUCUGACCAUUGCGGUGGUUGUGUGGAUUAUACCAACGAGACGCAUUCGUUUGCACUUGAUUGUGCGCCUGAUUGAAUGAAAUUUGCUCCAGUGUGUUAGCUACGUGUCCAUUUGACUGAUCGCCGUGAUCACAUGUUCAGCGACACACCCCGAACGAACCGUCCAAAUUGUUAAUCAACCAGGUCAAACAGAAACGCGAAACUCAAUUGAUUCGGCAUCUUGACAGUGAACGUGAUACGGGAGUGACGGAAGGCAAAUUGGUCGAAUUGUGCCAAAAAGAAAAGAAACAAAACGAAAGAAACCAAUUGUGGGACAGUGCAAAACUGGUCUAACACAUCUUUACAGCAGAAAAUUUCUUAAAUACACUUGGCGACAGUUGGAACUUUUGGGUUUGAGUUUGGCCUAAGUGCGAAAAUAGAACACCCUGCACCAAAGCGAAGUAAUGGCCACCAAUACACUCGUGCUGCUCAUAGCCGUCAUCGCGCUGUUACGGUUGACCGAAGCGGCCAAAAUACUGGCAAUCUUCCCGGUGCCUUUGAAGCAACAUCAACUCGUCUACCGGCCGCUGAUCGAGGAGCUUGCGAACCGGGGCCAUGAGAUAGUGCUGGUAACGACGGAUCCAAUCGAUACGACGGAUCGCACCAACGGGUCGCUUGAUCGGCUCGAACAGAUCGAUCUUAGUUUCGCCUAUCAGCUGCCGGUAUUGGAACAGCUCGGUCAAGAUGGGUUAGAUGGGCGUGACAUGCUGCGCAACAUAUUCGAUGUAAUGCGUACGAUUUCGGCCGAAGAACUGCAGCAUCCCGCCAUGCAGAAGUUGAUCAACUCUGCCAACCCCCGGACAUGUGACGCUGGGAAAUGUAACCACUUUGAUGUCGUCAUGGUGGAAUGGUCCGGUGUAACGCUGAUGAAUGCCUUUGCGGAACACUUCCGGGCACCGCUGGUGGGUAUCGCCAACGGAGGUGCCUUCAUCAAUGCGCAUGAAGCACUCGGCAACCCGAACCAUCCGAUCGGAUAUCCUAGCAUCUUUAUGCCGUUUAGUGAAGAUCUGAGCCUGCUGCAACGCAUCUCUAGCGUACUGUUUACCGUUUGGUACAGAUUCUACUACUACACGGAGGAGAUUCCUGCCCAGAACUUGAUCGCACAAAAUAACUUCGGGGAGCAAAUUUCCGACCUGCGUCAAAUAGAACAGAAUGCCGAUUUACUGUUGAUCAACGCACAUCAGCAACUUGGAAAUGUACGUCCAGUUGGACCGACGACCAUACACCUCGGGGGCAUUCACCAAAGUCGCACGACUAUUGGAGCAGAGUUACCGGAAGAUCUUAACCUUUUCCUGUCCCAAUCGGUCGAACCGGUUGUGUACGUCAAUCUGGGCUCGUCGCUUGGCGGAAUUGCCGGUCGGUACCGUAUCGAGAAGAUUGCGAAGGCACUCGAGCAGCUAGAUUUGGCAAGCGUCUGGGCACUGGACGACGACAUGGAUCUGAUCAACAGUACUGGGCACAUCUAUCAAUCGCACAACGUACCUCAAGAGGCCGUCCUGGCCCAUCCUAAAGUGAGAGCGUUCCUUACGAAUGGUGGCCAGAUAAAUGUAGAGGAUGCCAUCCAACACAAAGUGCCUGUCGUUGGCAUCAGCUACUCCACCUCGUAUGACCAUUAUCUGCGCCAAAUAGUCAAGUACGAAGCGGGCAUUAUCUCACUCAUCGAUUUCGAGACACAAACGUUUGUGGAUAAGCUGCACGAUGUCCUCACAAAUGGAAGGUAUCAAGAAAAUGUUAAUAAACUUCACACACUGCUCAACGACCAGCCACAAACAUCGAUGGAGCGUGCCGUUUGGUGGAUCGAGUAUGUAGCACGGAACGGUGGAACCAAAUCGCUACACGUGCGCCAUCUAUCGUGGUUUGAGUAUCUCAUGCUGGACGUGUUGCUUGUGGUUGGUGUCUUGGCUACACUCGCGUGCUCGUUGAUUGCAUACGGCAUUAUUCGAGCAGUACGCUACUCGAAAAGUUUACCAAUGGAAAUGGUAACGCGUGGUAGUCGCAAGUGUAAGCUAAUGUAGGUUUCGUUUAGUCACUGUCGUUUAGGUAUACUUAUAGCAAAUGGUAUUUUGCUAUGCAAAAACUACAAAAAUAACAGUUUGUUACAUUUAAAGUCUCUUGCAAAAUGCAAGAGAAGACUUUGAUAGGAUUAGCUUUCGUGUCUACCGUUUGGCUCAUUUUGAUAGAGCAGCUUAAGACAACUCAUCGUAAAAAAACAAA